GACGACGAGCGGUAGACGUCGCGUCAAACACGUUCGCGUUGCGUUUGCAGUGGGCGCUGCGACGACAAAGUGCUCUCCAGGGCCUGAAGGCACGUUUCUUAAGCCCCAGACACCGGCGGAGGCCACAACUUGCGACCGCCACCACUGCCGCCGCCUCCCGUCUGCGCCAUGCAGCCAUCGGCGAAAGCCGUGGGAGGGUCUGGGGACCCUUCCAGGGCGGUGACGGAGCCACGGCCGCAAGCGCCGCGCGUGCGGCUGUGGCUCCGAGACGAACCGUUUCGCGUUGGCGUGCUCCCCAUGGUGCCUCCCGCCAAGCUGGGCAUCUACUACCUGCACAAGGUGGCGGCGUACGUGAGAAUUCGCCCGCUCGGAUUCCCCAGGCUGACGUGGCCAAUGUGGCGGCACGUGGCGUGCGGGAAGCUGCAACUUCCCGAGGAGGUGGCGUGGUUGUACAUGGAGAGCUGCGACACGCUGGCGCCCGAGUGGACGGCACAGCGGCGCCUCGAGUGGGCCGAGGAGGCGUCCGAGUGCCGCUCGCGUGCCGACGUCGAGCAGCUGCGCGCGCAGCUGAGUGUGGACACGCUGUGGUUCCUACUCUUCCUCUACAUCCAGGAGUUGAGUCGCACGUCGCUGCGCCGCCACUCGCUGGUCGCGGACGACUGGCCGAGUCCCCGGAGCCAGCCGGAAGACCAGGAGCGACGCUCUCUCACCCAGGGCAAGUAUCUGGAUGGCCAGCAGCACCUGUCCUUCGUGAAGAGUGGCCUCUCCGACCUGCUCAAGUUGCUGCUGGAGCCCGCGGGGAUGCACGCCAUGCGCUGGAGCUCGCUGUCCGAGUCGCUGCUGCCGUUGUCGGCGCUGCGCACCCUCGACAUGCUGAUGGAGGGAUCGGCCGAUCGGGGCCAGCGCAUCCGCCCGCUCAGCGAGCUGGCCACCGCUGCGCAGGCUGACAGCGGCUUCCUACCAGGCUUGAAGGCCUUCUCGCUGAGGCCACUGCAGCUGUGGCUGCGCGACCACCUGGACCUCAGCCCCUACGGCAUGUCGGCGUGUAUGCAGCGUGGCCGUAACCUCUCCUGGGAGCAGAAUGGCGCGGGCACCGUGCAGCGCGUGUGCAUGCUGCGCAGCGGGCAGGGGGCGCCGGCGGGCGCACGCGUGGUGAUGCUGAGGAAGGCGAGCCGGCAGACACUGGCGCGCAGCUCGCCACGGCUGGCCGGCGCGCACGUGUGCAUCCACCGCUGCAGCGACUCCUUCAUCUACCUGCUGUCGCCGCUCAGGUCGGUUAGCGUCGAGCGAUGCCGACGGACGAUGCUGGUGCUGGGCCCCGUGGAGACGCACGUGACCGUGCACGGCUGCGAGGAUGUCACGGUGGUGGUGGCGUGUCGUCGCCUCGUCGCCUCCGCCUGCUCCGCCUGCACCUUUCACCUGCUCACGCCGUGCCGGCCGCUGCUGGUGUCGCCGCCCUGCGGCGACGCCGGCCUCACGCUGGCGCCGUACCACACGCACUACCCGCUGCUGGAGGAGCACAUGGCUCGGGCGGGCCUUGCCGCCGUGCCCAACCGCUGGGACCAGCCGCUGUGCCUGGGCGGGCCCGAGGCCGAUGGCACCAAUGAGAAGUGCUACCGUCUGCUGCCUCCGAGCGAGCUGCACCUGCUGACGGUGCCGUUCACGAUCGCGGGCGGCACCACGAGCGAGGUGCCCGGCGGGCUUCCCGUCGCGUACGAGCGGGCGCUGGAGGCGCGCGAAAAGAGCGUGCAGGCGUGGCAGCAGACCAUGCGAUACGCCAACCUCACCAGGGAGAAGACGGCUCAGUUCCGGAUUCUGGUGAAGGAUCUGUUCUGUGAGUGGCUGAAGGACUCGGGCCACCAGAAGCAACUCGACGGGCUCAUCCCCACGUCCGAGCAGCACGCCGCGCCGCCAUGACGGGGCGCCUUCGACAACGGCGGCGCGGUCACCAUCGCCGCCAUCAUCGUCGCCACGGAGACGCUGUCAACAUCACCACCGUCGUCACGGAGAAGCUGUCGUCACCGUCGCCACGGAGACACUUCCACCGCUACGGUGACGCGGUUACCACCACCGUCGCCACGGAGAAGUGGUCACCAUCACCCCCGUCGCCAGGUGACGCGGUCACCACCACUGCCGCUGUCGCCGAUACGACGACACGCUCGCCACCACUGCCGCUGCUGCAGAGGUGGAGUUGCCACGGCCGCAGCGAUGCAAGGCGCGACGCAGAGUCAAGCAGGCGUUCGGCAACCUGGCAACCACGUGGCAUCGCGCGUGUGACAAUCGGCCGCUUAUGGUUUGCGUAUAUUGGAGCCGGUUGAAGUGGCUUCCCGUGGCCGUGUGUCACUGCAUUGCGGCCUUCUGAAUUCUGAGCGUUAACUUUAUACCCAUGAGAAUCCGAAAGGGGCCUUAGUCUGGCUCGGCAAGCCUCUGGAAAGAACCUUGACCCAAACAAUGCUAAAGUUGCCUUAAUAUGACUCUAUGACCCUUGGGAAACGGUAGGAAUCCGAGAGGUACCAUAACACCGGGGAUCUGCGGUAUCGUUUGGCAUACUUUUUAACGAGAGCCGUUUCACGGGUUGUGUAUUCUUUUUAAUCCGGUGACUUGAGCUAUGAAACACAGGUGAAGCUGACAUUUGAACUGUGAUUUGUGUGCCGGUGUGCUGCGUGUGUCGAUAUCGGGAGUGGUGGCGCAGCGGUCGGCACCCCUGCGCGCCGAGCCCCGGUGACCCGAGUCCUGUUUCUCGCCACUUGUAUAGGUCAACGGCGAGCGGUAUUGGAACUGGUGCUGGGCCUCCCCUAGGUUGGCUCGGCCUUCAAUAAAUUAGUAGUCGGUGCAGUGUGUAAACUUCAGCACUGGGGAGACAAAGGCGGCUGGGCGUGGUGCUGGACAUACCACUCUCUUGAGCAACGCGCCGGCUUUAAUAGGUGCUCACUAACGGCACUUGCCACCACUAACCGUCUGUGUCUAUUGUGUGUGUGCGUGUUUUGUGGGGAAGCGUGUGAUUAAGCCUUUGACUGUGAGUUUUAACGAUGAUAUAAAGGUACCAGCAACACCACAACCACUCCCAACCGUAACAAAGCCAAUCACUGGUUACAGUGCAACCACGCACGUCAAUCCACUGCUGGAUGAGGCUUCCCCAUGCUGUGAGAGUUACGGGGGUCAUUUGACCAAACUUCAUCAUGUCUGUCAUGAGGAUGAGGCGGGAGGGAG